AUGAAGAGAAAAUCCGAGAAGCAGCUUGCCCUUGAAACCGCAAAGCAUGUAUCCAUGGUCAAACAGUCACGAAGAAAAGUCAGCUUACAAGUCGAAAAGGCUCUGUUCGCCGCGGCAUCUAUUCUGCGCUUUCAUGGCCAGCUUAUUAUCCAGCCUAGGGAGGCGGCCAUUUCAAAAGUGAUGGAAAUAUCUCAUGGUGAGGAAGAGCAGCUGACCUUCUUUACUAAUGGCGCUGUUCAUCUUCCUCCAAGGGAGAACAAACAGAAUACUACCCUUCAUCGGGUUCCCAACCAUCAGGCGCAGUGCCUAUCUCGUGGCCCUCGUCCCCGUCAAAACAAGGUCAAGCUAGCUGCAGCAGUAGCAUAUAAAGCUACAGACUGCAACGAGUGGAUAGUGAAGUCUUUUUCAGUUCCUCCAGGUGGUAGAUACUAUCUCGAGGCUGAAAUGGCUGGCAUCGCAGGCGCCUUGGCAAUUGCAAUAUCAAGGAUAGUAGAUUUGAGAAAGAAAACGGCCUCAAUUACUUCACAUAAAGUUGUUAUUUUCACUGACUCUCAAGAUGCCAUUCAUCAGCUACAAAAGCUCCAAGAACAUACUAGGAAGCUGAUUCACGAUCACACCCCAGCUUGCAAGCUUAUAACAAGAUCCCAGUAUCUUCAUCGUCUUGGCGUUCCACUCGAGGUACACUGGAUUCCGAGCCGUCAUCCAGGUAUCCCGGGAAAUCUCCUUGCAGAUGCUGAAGCGCGGCGAACAGCAAAAAGCAACAUUGAUGUCUCCGAGGAGGAACUUAUCCAGGCCAGUCUACAGCUUGACUACCUAUGCGUAGUGGCACUAAUACGGAGACAAUCCACAUCAAAUAUUGACAUCAGGCCAUCGGAAUUUAGGCGGUAA